CCCACCCGGCCGCCCCCCUGCCUGCGGGUCAUCGGGUACCUGCGGCGCAUGGACGUCUUCACGGAGGCCGAGCUGCGCAUCAAGUUCCUGCAGGCGCGGGACGCCUGGCUGCGCUCCAUCCAGGCCUCCAUCCCUGACGACGAUCCCUACUUCCACAUCUCCAAGACCAUCGAGGCCUGUCGCGUUCACCUCUUUGACAUCGUCACCCAGUAUCGUGCCAUCUUCUCGGACGAGGAGCCGCUGCUGCCCCCCGAGGGGCAGCCCCUCAACGAGGCGGCCAUUUUCCACAGCUGGGUGUUGCAGAAGGUCUCCGAGUUCCUGCAGACGUUGGAACGGGAUCUGCAGCGCGGGGUGGGCGGCCGCCUGGACUCGCUGCUGGGGCAGUGUAUGUACUUUGGUCUCUCCUUCAGCAGGGUGGGGGCUGAUUUCCGUGGACAACUGGCCCCCCUCUUCCAGCGUGUGGCUGCUGCUGCCUUUGAGAAGGCAGUGGAGGAAACUGUGGAGAAAUUUCGGGAGGAGAUGAAUUCCUACACGCUUAUCUCCACUCCGGCUGUCCUGGGGGGCAGUGCAGGGGUCCCGAUGCCCUCGGCUCAGCCGGGAACGCUGCAGCCUCCCAUGGUCCUGCUGGAUUUUCCACCUCUUGCCUGUUUCCUCAAUGGUCUCCUCGUUGCCUUCAAUGACCUUCGGCUCUGCUGCCCCAUUGCCUUGGCCCAGGAUGUCACCACCUGCCUGGAGGAUGCGCUGGGCAAGGUGACCAAGACCAUCCUGGCUUUUCACCGGGCGGAGGAGGCGGCUUUCAGCGCACAGGAGCAGGAGCUCUUUGCCCAGUUCUGCACAGUUUUCCUGGAAGAUCUGCUUCCCUACAUCAACCGCUGCCUCCAGGUCCUCUUUCCUCCAGCACAGAUCGCUCAGGCACUGGGCAUCCCCCCCACCCAACUGCAGCGUUUCGGCUGGCUGGGCCGCAUCGACGUGGUUGCCCUGAGGGAGCCGUUGGGAGAUCCGGUGAGCUGGGAGGCGACGGGCUGGGCCGCCCGCAUCGCCCAGCACGAGGUGGAUCACCUGGACGGGAUCCUCUACGUCGACCGCAUGGACACCCGCACCUUCACCAACGUCUCCUGGAUGGAGCUCCUGGACUGA